AUGUGGCUGAUGACACCGGAGAGUAGAUAUCAAAUGAUGUCAGCACCCCAGGAAGCCUCUUCAAAUGACGGAGGCAUUGUAGGGACCACAGCAGCUGCGCGUUUUGCGCUGGGUCGAGUUGCCUCCGCUCUAAGAGGAGAGAGGUCCGAGUCCGUGGCGGAAUCACAGGUGGAGAAGGAGAGGACCUGCACAGUGCCGGGCCCCUCGGUUCAUGCUUGUUAUGUUGACGCCAUGGAAUUGAAGCUAUUUGGAUAUGUUUGGAAAGGGACACUCAUGCGCAUUCUUUGGUUCCCUUCCAUAUGUUGUAAAGGUCGCUUCGCCUUCGCUCCUGGAGGAGAGGGCCGCGUCUGUGGCGAAAUCAUUGGUGGAGAAGGAGAGUUCUGCUGUGUCUUCACGUUGAAGUCUGAGACGGCCUGGCCUAGAGCUUUUGGCAGCCCGGAGCACAGCGAACUCAGCGAUGUGUCUCGGCACAGGAAGCAAACGGCGGAGGAGGACCACACAGCGCAGGGCGUCUCGGUGGAUGCUGUCUACGUUGGCACCACGGUUUGGCCGGGGACUGCCGCGUCUGAUGAGGAUUUUAAGGCUGUUACUGUGAAGGAACGGAGGUUCCAGAAAGUGCUGGCCGAGGCGCGCACAUCAGGAGAUUUGCAACAGCGAGUGCUGGUGAAGCGUGGCUUCAGCUGGGUGUUUCAGCGAAUCCAUGCAGCAGCAUUGCAGGAGCGGCGAGCAGCUGUGCCACAGCGGCGACAACCGCGAGCUUACGGGAAGUUGUGGACUCGUAGGUUCUUCUUGGCAGCGGCAGCCAGGCUGAGAAUGCUGCGCAAUGAGCUUGUGGCUUGGUUGGAAGUGCUACUUGAAGGGCGUGGGCGUAUGGAUGGUGUGGCAGCGCUGUGGCCAGAAGUGCAUGAGUUGGCCGACAAGCCAAUCUGCAAUGUACCAAGACGUAUUGCACACCGUGCCCUGGAUCGGACCAGCCGUGGACUUCUCCUGAGCUGUGCAAAAUCUUCGUAUCGCACGUGCCAGCUGCGGGUCAUUGUCCAGAGGAUGAUUGCCAUAGACAAGAAGCGUAUGGAUGAGCUGGGGGAGGUCACAUGGCCACGGCGCUACCUCUUGGCAUCUGCGAUCAGAUCAAUGAUCGGUCGCUUGGGCCCAAGCUUGGCCUACAGGCCCUACGGGCAUGGAGUCAGCAGGAGUGCCUAUGUUCAGAAGGCAUUGGCGCUGCUGCGCACUGCAAUACAGGCCAUUGAGCAAGAUGAACUGCAAGGCUUCUUGUCCUCGCGAAUCACCAGAGAGGCUGGAAAGCAUUUGCAAUUCCAAGCCGAGCUGAAGGCUUUGGGCAUCCCGUGGCAAGAUACAACGCAAAGGGCACCGCAAGCAUGUGCAUCACCCUUUGUCCUCAAGGGACAAAAAGCAGAUUCGAUCGUCCGCUUUGGCCUCCUUGUGGAGCGCUGUGGAGAUUUGGCCGGGGAGAGGGCCGCCUGUGAGGCCGGGGAUGUUUGUUCGGGAGGUGAAUUCAUAGACGGCAAAGAGCAAAAGUGGGAUUGUGCUCAGGGGCUGCUCUCGGCACGUCGCACGCAGCAGCUGGUCCUCUUGGGCUCCUGGAAGUGCUAUCUGGCAACCUUUGCAAUUCCUUUGAUGUGGGGGAAAGAAGAGGAUGAAGUUGUUGGUUGCUCAGAGGCUGCUUUGGCACGUUGCAUGCAGCAGCUGGUCCUCUUCGGAGUGGUCCCAAGAUCUGAGGCCAAGGGCUUCUUCAGGCGAUUGUUGCCACUUGACGCGCGUUUCACGGUCUGUGCUUAUGUGCCAUCCCCGAAGGGUGCGGCGAUGUCGUUGCCGUCAGGCAUUCAAAUGGAACAGAUGUACAGCGACGCCACAGCAUUGCCAGAG